AUGCAGGAACGUCGUCGCCUGAAAGAACGCUAUCCGAGCCUGGCGCUCGUCUACAAGGACCAGGAGCAAAUCGCCAUGAUGCUCAACAACUACGAGGAGCUGCUGCAGUCGCGCACCAUCUGCGAGGGACGCUGCGCUCUGGGGGAGCGCUGCCCCACCGGCGUGUGCCGCCAGAGCCAGAAGAGGGUGCGGCGGAGGAGUUCACGGUCACAGUCUGAGAUGCACAGGAGCCCGAGCACCAGCAGCAAUGCCAGCACAACCAGCAAUGGGAAUGCGCGGCCUAGGUCAGGACCAGCAGGAUACAGGAAUUUUCCAGUUAGAAUGUUGGAAAUGGCCUCUCGAGUGAUCUUGGCGAGUAGUGCAUCUGGAGUGGUCCUGCGACAGUUUGAUAAGCUGUCCAUCAAGUUCUCAAACUGUCUCAGACAAUAG